GACUCAUCAGCCUGGCUGAGAGCAGAAAACAACAACAGGCUCCGCUACAGCGUAGGCAGCUGCAUGGACGGUGACAACAACCACCAAGAUUUCACACAUGCGGGCAUAUUUUCUUAAACCAAAAUGUAUUUUAGCUUUAUAAUACGAGUAAUAUGGGAUGUUAAAUGUUAUCCGUGAGCUGAAGUGAUUUAUUUAGAGUAGUAAAGUAGCUGGUUUAGCACUUAGCUCUCCGCGGCUCUAUGUUCGAGUGCCUUCCGGCAGCAGUGGCGGCAGCAGUGGUGCCAUGAACAGUGGACUCCCACCUUCAGCUGCUCCGCUCGGGGGUGUCGGGAUACCCAAUGUCAAGGUGAAGUUUUGCCGAUACUAUGCGAAAGACAAAACCUGCUUCUAUGGGGAUGAGUGUCAGUUUCUGCACGAAGACCCGUGCAUGGGCAGCAUGCCGCUGCACGGCGGCGGUAGCCCUGUUCCGCUGGCCACGGCGGGGUACUCCCUCGGCGUCACGGCGGUGACGCCUUGCACUGGCGGUGGAGGUACCGGUGUAUCCAAGAAGAACGAAACACUGGGGCCUGCGGGCACGUCCCUAGAGGGGCAGCUAUUAACCAUCCCAGGAAUGGAGGGUUCAAACCUGAGUGAUGCCAAUCUCACCAACUCUUACUUCAGCAGCAGCUUUAUUGGGGUCAACGGGUUCGGAAGCCCAGCAGAGUCCAAAUAUUCAAUGAUGCAGCGAAUGACAACCAGCAGCAGCUCUCCCAGUCUUCUCAAUGAUGGUGCCAAGAAUUACAGCCACAGCGCUCGUGAUCCAGUGAACUCCCCGACAUCUUCACUGUUCAGCGAUUUUGGUGCUCUUAGCAUUUCCCAAAGGAGAAAGGCUCCUAACCCGACUGCGAGCGAGUUCAUCCCUAAAGGAGCUCCUCGAAUGGCCACCAUGGCCCAGUCUGCUGUCCAGGCCUUCCCCUCUCCCCUCUUUGCUCUCGGGGGCUCCACGGCUGCUGCUCUAGCUCCAGGCAUGUCUCUUUCUGCUGGAUCCUCUCCUCUCCACUCUCCUAAAAUCACACCUCACACCUCGCCGGCCCCCCGCCGGCGCAGCCACACCCCCAACCCUGCCAACUACAUGGUGCCCACCACAGCGUCCGACCAGGGCGCACACAUCAUCCAGAAGGAGACUGUAGGAGGGACGACUUACUUCUACACAGACAACACGCCGGUUCCCAUGGCCGGGAUGGUGUUUCCCACCUUCCAUAUCUACCCCCCCACUGCCCCUCACGUUGCGUACAUGCAGCCAAAAGCCAACGCCCCGUCGUUCUUCAUGGCUGAUGAGCUCAGACAGGAGUUGAUCAACAGACACCUGAUAACCAUGGCCCAAAUCGACCACUCGGAGAACCCAGAUGUACCGUCUGAAGUGGACAGCUACCACAGCCUGUUCCCCCUGGAGCCCCUCCCCCCACCAAACCGCAUGCAGAAGACCAGCAACUUCAGCUACAUCACCUCCUGCUACAAGGCGGUCAACAGCAAGGACGACCUGUCUUACUGCCUGAGGAGGAUACACGGGUUUCGCCUUGUAAACACAAAGUGCAUGAUGCUGGUGGACAUGUGGAAGAAGAUUCAGCACUCCAACGCAGUAACGCUUAGAGAGGUCUUCACCACUAAGGCCUUCGGAGACCACUCGUUGGUCUUCUCUUACGAUUUCCAUGCUGGUGCAGAAACGAUGUUCAGCAGACAUUUUAAUGACCCUGCAGCAGAUUCAUAUUUUACCAAAAGGAAGUGGGGCCAACACGAACCUCCGCCACCGCGGCAGCACGCAGGUCUGCUGCCGGAGUCUCUGAUCUGGGCCUACAUCGUUCAGCUCAGCUCGGCCCUGCGCUCCAUCCACACCGCCGGUCUGGCCUGCCGGGUCAUGGACCCCAGCAAGAUUCUCAUCACUGGCAAGACCAGGUUACGGGUCAACUGCGUUGGGGUGUUUGAUGUCUUAACGUUUGACAACACUCAGACCAAUCAUCUUGCCAUGAUGCCACAGUACCAGCAAGCAGAUCUGGUGUCGCUGGGCAAGGUGGUGCUGGCUUUGGCCUGUAAUUCGCUGGCUGGGAUUCAAAGGGAAAACCUGCAGAAGGCCAUGGAGCUGGUGUCUAUCAACUACUCUUCAGACCUCAAGAACCUUAUUCUGUACCUACUGACUGAUCAGUCUCGCCUACGCAGCGUCAAUGAUAUCAUGCCCAUGAUUGGAGCCCGGUUCUACACGCAACUAGAUGCGUCACAGAUGAGGAAUGAUGUCAUUGAAGAGGACCUUGCCAAGGAAGUGCAAAAUGGUCGUCUCUUCCGCCUGCUCACCAAACUGGGUACUAUAAACGAACGACCAGAGUUUCAGAAGGACCCGGCGUGGUCGGAGACCGGAGACCGCUACCUGUUGAAGCUUUUCCGCGACCACCUGUUCCACCAGGUGACUGAAGCGGGGACGCCCUGGAUCGACCUCAGUCACAUCGUUUCCUGUCUCAACAAACUGGACGCGGGUGUUCCUGAGAAGAUCAGCCUGGUUGCUCGGGAUGAGAAAAGCGUCCUGGUUGUUACCUACUCGGACCUGAAGCGCUGCUUCGACAGUACCUUCCAGGAGCUGCAGGCUGCCGCCGCUGGCUCUCUGUAGCGCCCCCUUCGGGCCCAGGAUGGGACUGCCCAGCCUCGGAGCGCACACUUGCACUACAGGAAGGACCAGGCUCCCCGAUGACAACAUCAGCACAGCGAAGGCAGCGAGGCAGGGCUUCGUGAACUUCGGUCACAUACACUGACCCCUGUCCACCAGGGAGGCUUUUCUAAACAGGUUUAUUUUGUUUGUUUGUUUUGUUUUCCCAAAACCCUGUGGCUGAAAAUUGAAAACAAAACAAAAAGAAAGAAAACAGACUAUAAUGGAAGCUGUGAUAAACAACAUUUUUUUUAAAUUUGGGGAACAAAAACGAGAAGUUUAGAACUUUUUUCCGGCUUUUAUUCAUUUCUACAGGCGGGGCUUAUUUUUCUGAAGAGGAUGCACUAAGAUUUUAAUUUUUGUCAAGAUUCUUUGUUAUUUUUAUGGAAGUGUGUGUGUGUGUGUGUGUGUGUGUGUGUGUGUGUGUGUGUGUGUGUGUGUGUGUGUGUGUGUGUGUGUGUGUGUGUGUGUGUGUGUGUGUGUGUGUGUGUGUGUGUGUGUGUGUGUGUGUGUGUGUGUGUGUGUGUCCUUCAUUCACACACAAGGACAUAAAUACCAGAGCUGAUUCAUGAUUUAAAGGAAGAAAAACAACAUAAAAAAAGAAAUCCAGCUUUUUGUUGACCACGUUUCUCUGCCGGUUGGAGAUCACGCCUCUCGUUCUAACGCACUCGGGAUACACCACUCAGGGCUCGCGGCUCACCUGGGCCUUGUUGGCGGUGAGAGGACACACCACUCGGGUCAGUGGAAGGGUGGGUAAAACUGGAAAAAUACGGAUUCCUGAUAUUUUUGUGCAGAAGGCUCAUAUUUGUGAGUGGCACAGGGGUUGGGGGAGCUUGGACUCGAGACUGGGGGGUGGGGGUGUCUUCUCCGAGUGUUACAUAUGCAGCCACCACCAUAAAGGACUCUGCUGUGACGUCAAACGGGUCAACUCAUCAGUGGUGGAGCCACAGCUGCCUCUUUGUGGAAUGUCCUGAAUUUGUCCCCCCUCUUCCAUGUCUUCUCACCCUAAUGUCCCCCGUCCCUGUCUCUUACCCUCCUUCUCUUCAUUUCCCAGCCCGGGGCUCUGUUUUUGAGAAAAAGUGAUACUUUUUGACUUUUUACCAGCUGCUUUUGCUCUCUUUUCUUAGCGGCAGGAUGUGGGGGCCAGAUGGAUUUUGCCCCACUUCUGCUCUAUAAUUAAUCUGUGGACCAAUUCCAGCAGGGGUUUUAGGUUUGAAGAGGAAGGGAAUGGAGAUGGACGAGGACAGGAAGAGACGCAAUGUAAUUUUUUUUAUUUGACUUUUUAAGAUCAUGGAACAGAAACGGACUGGAGACGCGACAGCGCUGGCUGCUGCGUUCACCCCCACCCAGAUAGUUUGGAUUUCUCUCAGGAUGACAACAAUACAAAGCUGGAGGGGCCCAGUGAUUGAAUGUGUUUGGCUGUCAUUGGCCGCCCCUCAUUUCUCCCUUCAUGUGGGCCGAUGGAUGCGCUCAGAUGGAGGUUUAAGGAAGAAAAAAAAACGUUUUAAACGUUGUGGAGAUCAUGUUGAAGCACAGAUCUGUUUUCAUUUGGCUCAAAAUGAAGAGAAUCCCCCAAAUAAAACUCAUAAAAAUGCUGAUCCAGGCUCGCCAACAGCUGGAUUCUGGUGUUUGUAAACAAACACCAGAAUCCAGCCAUGGAACCAACAUGGAAGCUGAAACGGGGGAGCAGGUGUGCAGUGAGAUGUGAUAGGUCAUGUAAUACUUCCUCUGUUUUAGUGAAAGAGGCAAAUCUGGUGAAUGUGGUGCUUUAGAAACCCCUCCACUUACACUCAAACACACUCACACACACACACUCCAGCUAAUAUUAGAGAUGACCUCCAUUCCUCACAGCAACACACCCAAAACACCAUCUUAGUAUGUUUUAUGCCCCUCUUGUGUUCUUGUCUCAGAUUUUGCAAUAUUUGUGUGUACAGCAGUAUUUUAAUAAAGAAUAAUGAAAAAUUA